UUAGCGGGAAAAUUCUCCUCCCGUUUGGCGAGAGAAGCAACCCAACCUGGCAACAAUUUAAUCACCCUUCCAUAGUCUCUGCCACGUUCGUAUCCACUUCCUGCUCCUUUCCUUUCUGGCUUCCCUCUCAAAACCUCCUCGCCGCGACGUGCAUCUCCCGACUCGACGUGAUGGAGCUCAUGACACCGCCGCCGCCGCAGGGCUUCCUGCUCGACAGCGCGACCUCCGGCGCCUACACCACAGAGUCCGCGAUCAUGAACCGGUUCGCCUCCGCCGAAGACGUCACGGCGGGCAACCCAUUCUUGGCCACGGCGGUGACCGCACCCCCGUCGCCCAACCCAUUCGAGCACCUCCCGCCCGGCGCCUCCGACGCCGACCCCUUCGACCUCUUCCAGCACUUCACCAGCGCCCCCGCCAGCCCGGCGCGCGCUGCCGCCAUAUACGCGCAGUUCGACAGCGUCGAUGGCGACGGCCCCGGCUACGACAAGGCAGACGACGGGUUCCAGCCCCGUGUAUCCUACUCCACGGUCGCCUCCACCGUGCCGUUCGACUGGGAGCAGAAGCCAGGGAAACCGAAGCCCGAGUUCACAAGCGCGGUCGCGACGGUGGACGGGGGCGAGGUGGACGACACGGACUUCGACUUCGGCGUCCUCCUCGACAAGGCCACGCAGACGCAAGAAUUGUCGACGGCCGACGAGCUCUUCGACGAGGGAAAGAUCCGCCCUCUGAAGCCACCGCCGCGUUUACUUGACGGCGGCAGUGUCGGAUCCACGCCACGAUCGGCGAGGUCCGUGAUGUGGUCUCCCCGGCUACGGAACCUGGUCGGGCCUGGUAGUUCCGACUUCGACCCGUUCGCCGCUGCCCUGGCCAAGGCCCCCUCCCCUCUUGGCGCCGGCAGCAAAGACGACGAAGGCGGUAUCGAAUCAUCCUCUUCACCCAUGAACCCCCACUCUGCCACGUCCCCGACCUCCACUGCUCCGGCCACGAACAAUGGCGGGAGGAAGAAAUGGCGGCUCAGCGACUUGCUCCUGUUCCGGAGGGCAUCAGCCAAAGGCCGCGCCGCCUGCAACAUAAGCAUGGACCCGGUGUUCAGGUACGCGCCGGUGCAACAACUUGGCACGCCGGUCAAGAAGGCGAGGGCGGGGUCCGUGGCUACCGAUGGCAACGCCUCGGCUGGGAAGCGCAAGAAGCAGAGCAAGAAGGCUGAAGCCGCGGCGGCGCCAGAGGGCGGCAUGCCGAUGCCGCACCGGCAGAGCAUGAUGGGCUGCGUCCGGCUGCACCCGGGCCUGAACCGGCUGGCUAAAGGGUUCAACGGGCAUUCAGCGCACCUCGGCCGCGGCUCCGCCAGGUCGGCGACGAAAGGGUAAAGAUUCCACGGCAUUACUCUUGCUAUCCUAGCAGAAGAACGAUGGACUUUUUUUUUUCAGGAUUUCGCCCUUUGGUUUUUCAGUUUCUUGAAACGGUGUACAACCCGAUUCAUUUUUCAGCAUUUUAUU